AGGCGGCAGGGGCUGCGGGGCCUGGGGGGCCUGCGACGCUGGGGCGGACGCCAUGGGCCGCCUGCACUGCACUCAAGACCCUGUGCCCGAGGCUGUGGGCGGCGACAUGCAGCAGCUGAACCAGCUCGGCGCGCAGAAUGAAAUAACAGAGCCUUGCUGGGAGUAUGCGUGGAGUUCAGUGUGGCAGAGCAGAGAAGCAGAUGCAUUUGACCGUCACACUACACAUUACAACUUUAGGGCCUAUAAGCAGUUCUCAGCCCUUACAGAAGUGAUUUUCCACUUCCUAGCUGAGCCAAAAGAGGUGGAAAGGUUUCUGGCUCAGCUCUCUGAAUUUGCCACCACCAAUCAGAUCAGUCUCGGUCCCCUCAGAAGCACUGUGAAAAGCCUCUUGCUGGUCCCAAAUGGUGCCUUAAAGAAGAGUCUUACAGCUGAGCAGGUCCGGGCUGAUUUCAUAACUCUGGGUCUUAGUGAGGACAAAGCCACUUACUUUUCUGAGAAGUGGAAACAGAAAUCCCCCACCCUUGCUCGAUGGGCCAUAGGUCAGACUCUGAUGGUUAACCAGCUUAUAGAUAUGGAGUGGAAAUUUGGAGUGACAUCUGGGAGCAGUGAACUGGAGAAAGUGGGAAGUAUUUUUUUACAAUUAAAAUUGGUGGUUAAAAAAGGAAACCAAACUGAAAAUUUGUAUAUAGGUGAGUCCAAAUUCCCAUACAAGCCCUUUUACAUUUUCCAUGUUCUCUUUAAUUGGUGGACUCAUGAAGUACAUCACAAAUCAUCUCUACCAGAAAAAAAAAAGUCAUAACUGAGCCAUGGAAUAGCUUUUUCCACUGCCUUUCCUCUCAUAAAAGAUAAUAUGAGGAUCAUUAAUAAGCCAUGAGGAGGUUGGAGACACCACAGUUGAAGAACCUUUUUGAAAAAGGGAAAAGCGGGGAAGGAAUGGCUGAGAUUGAAGGUUUCAGAAGCUCUUGCUGUAGAAGUCACAUUGAACAUCCUGAGUAAUACCCUUUCAUCUCUUUGUGCUGUAGAGUUAUGCCGUUUAAACCCUUUUUUGAAGGAGCUGGGAGCCUUCUGUGUUCAAGGCUCUCAGUUCUUUAUCAUGAUCGAUUACCCUCCAAGAGCUGCUCAACUGUACUAAGCCAAAAAAAAAAAAGGGAGUGAAAAUUAAUUCUGGAUGAUUCUGUGGAGCUGGGAACAUUUACCUGAAGCUGAAUUUUCUCUCCCCAGAAUUAACCUUGCCCCAGUUCUACAGCUUCCUGCAUGAGAUGGAGCGUGUCAGAGCCAGCAUGGAGUGUUUCAGCUGAUUUCUGCCCCCUACAUCUCCACUCUGCUCCCCUCCCCUCCCUGGGUGACUGCCCUGGGAGGCGUCUCAUUCACAGGCCUAUUGGGUGCUUAUUUUGCCUUGCUUCCUUCUUGGGAGCCCAGGUGUAAAGGUUUCUGAAAAACAACAGGAUUAAGUACUUAAAGAGCCCUGCACAAUCACCCUAUAAACUCUUUGUUAAGGAACCACCAUCUAUCUCCAGGGAUGCUUUUUAGAUAUACAAACAGAUUCUGGGAAGAAAAUGAGUCAUCUCCCCGUCAAAGCUCUAGAGUAAACAGAUGGUGCCCUCACUCAAGGUACACGCAGACCACCCUGCCCCCGAAAGAACAAGAACUCAUUUAUGGCUGAACAAGAGGCAGAUUAUAGGAAUGACACACGUGGAGAGCCCCAAGGAUUUCUGCACACUCUACUUGUGGUUGUAGUGCAGUGCUAAUCAGGUUUUAAUCUGAGCAUUGUGUAUAAAUAUGUGAUUGGUCAUCUCUGAAAAGAGCUGAGGCUAAACUCUGCCCCCAGUUCUGGUUUUGCCCUGUUGUGUUAUAAGUUGGGCCUUUGAGAUUCUUAUAGCUUAUUUUGGUUGAAGCUGACCUCUUGUGUUGGUUAGGUGCUGAAUAAAAAAGGUUCUGAAGAAAA